GAUGUGAAUGAAGAAAAUGAUAAUGGGAGAAUUCCCCUACACGGGACUGCUAUUAACGGUAAUAUGAAGAUUAUGGAAUAUCUCAUUCAACAAGGGUCUGAUGUGAACAUGGCUGAUCUAGAGGGUUGGACACCAUUCAAUACUGCUAUUCAAUACGGUCAUCUAGAAGCUGUCAAAUAUCUCAUAGAAAUAGGAGCAAAGCAGAACAGAGAUGAUGGAAGGACCCCUCUCUAUGCUGCAGCUCGAUUCGGUCAUUUCGAUAUCGUAAAAUACUUCAUUUCAAAUGGAGCUGAUGUGAAUAAUGAAAAUGAUAAUGGGAAGGUCUCAUUACAUGGAGCUGCUUUCAACGGUAAUAUGAAGAUCAUGGAAUAUCUCAUUGAACAAGGCUCUGAUGUGGACAAGGCUGAUCAAAAGGGUUGGACCCCAUUCAAUGCUGCUAUUCAAUUUGGUCAUCUAGAAGUUAUCAAAUAUCUCAUAGAUAAAGGAGCCAAGCAGAACAGAUAUGAGGGAAGGACCCCUCUCUAUGCUGCAGCUCGAUUCGGUCAUUUCGAUAUCGUGGAAUACUUCAUUUCAAAUGGAGCUGAUGUGAAUAAUGAAAAUUAUAAUGGGAAGGUCUCAUUACAUGGAGCUGCUUUCAACGGUAACAUGAAGAUCAUGGAAUAUCUCAUUGAACAAGGCUCUGAUGUGGACAAGGCUGAUCAAAAGGGUUGGACACCAUUCAAUGUUGCUAUUCAAUUUGGUCAUCUAGAAGUUAUCAAAUAUCUCAUAGAUAAAGGAGCCAAGCAGAACAGAUAUGAGGGAAUGACUCCACUCUACAUUGCAGCACAAGUCGGUCAUUUAGAUAUCGUAGAUUACUUUGUUUCCAAUGGCGUUGAUGUGAACGAAGAAAAUGAUGAUGGGAGGAUUCCUCUUCAUGGAGCAACUUUUAAAGGUAACAUCAAUAUCAUGAGAUACCUCGUCAAAAGAGGGUCUGAAGUGAACAAGGCCGACUCGAAAGGGGGAAAACCGUUCAAUGCUGCAAAUCAAAGAGGCCAUCUAGAAGCUGUUAAAUAUCUCCUAGAUAAAGGAGCCGACCAGAACAGGUUUCGAGGAAAAACCCCUCUCCACGCUGCAGCUCAAUUUGGUCACUUGGACAUCGUGAAAUUCUUCAUUUCCAAUGGCGCUGAUGUGAAUGAAGAAAAUGAUAAUGGGAUUAUUCCUCUUCAUGGAGCUGCUGUUAGCGGUAAUAUGAAGAUCAUGGAAUAUCUCACUGAAGAAGGGUCUGAAGUGAACAAAGGUGAUCCAAAGGGUUGGACAGCAUUCAAUGCUGCCAUUCAAUACGGUCAUCCAGAAGCUGUCAAAUAUCUCAUAGAUAAAGGAGCCAAGCAGAACAGGUGUGGUGGAAUGACUCCACUCUAUGCUGCAGCUCAAUUCGGUCAUUUAGAUAUCGUGAAAUUCUUCAUUUCUAAUGGAGCUGAUGUGAAUGAAGAAAAUGAUAAUGGGAAGAUUCCAUUACAUUCAGCAGCUAUCAACGGUAACAUGGAUAUCAUGAAAUAUCUCAUUCAACAAGGCUCAGAUGUUAUCAAGUCUAAUCUGAAAGGCUGGACAUCAUUCAAUGCUGCUCUUCAAGGAGGUCAUCUAGAAGCUGUCAAAUAUCUCAUAGAAAUAGGAGCCAAGCAGAACAGAUAUGAAGGAAUGACCCCUCUCUAUGCUGCAGCUCAAUUCAGUCAUUCAGAUAUCGUGAAAUUCUUCAUUUCUAAUGGCGCUGAUGUAAAUGAAGUAAACGAUAAUGGAAUCAUUCCUCUUCAUGGAGCUGCUGUAAGUGGUAAUAUGAAGAUCAUGAAAUAUCUCAUUCAACAAGGAUCAGACAUUAACAAAGGUGAUACAAAGGGUUGGACAGCAUUCAAUGCUGCUAUUCAGUACGGUCAUCUAGAAGCUGUCAAAUAUCUCUUAGAUAAAGGAGCCAAGCAGAACGGAUAUGAUGGAAUGACCCCACUCUAUAUUGCGACACAAGCCGGUCAUUUAGAUAUAGUCCAAUACUUGAUAUCCAACGGUUCUGACGUCAAUGGGGUAGAUGACGAAGGGACGAUUGCUAUACACGCUGCUGUCCGUAAGGGUAACAUUGAAAUCGCUGAGUACCUCAUUCAGCGCGGCUCUGAUGUAAACAAGGCAGGCAACAAUGGGUUGACACCACUGAAUGCAGCGAUCAUUGAAGGCCAUUUGGAAGUUGUCAAAUUUCUCAUGGCAAAAAGAGCCCAUUGCUUAAGUUACAAAGGAAUGACCCCACUUUACAUCGCUACUCAAUACGGCCAUAUUGACGUAGUGAAAUUCCUCGUAUCCAAAGGAUCUAAUGUGAACGAAGGGACUGAGAGUAAGAAAUCUCCGCUUCAUGCAGCAUGUUACAAUGGCAACAUCGAUGUGGUAGAAUACUUACUUUUCAACAAUGCUGAUGUCAAUCAUCAAGAUCAAGAUGGAUGGACGCCACUUCAAGCCGCUCAACAAGAAGGCCACCUACAAAUAAUCAAGUUUCUUUCAGUGCGUGGUGCAAACAUGAAGGAUAUUGAUGGUAUAACCUCGAUACAGGCGUCACCAAACAUAGAUCAUUCUACCCGAAUAAAAGGAAUUUCGAGUACUGAUGAUGUCUGUGCUGAGAUUGCGACAGGAGAUCCACAACAUAAAGACCAUCAAACUGCAAUGACAUUAGAAUUCGUGACGGCAUCUGUGACGGACCCCGAGACUCAUUCAUGUGCAACACAUACAGAACAAUCCAAACUACACGUGCACAAUAUGUAUGAUGGCAAUGCAUUCAUCCACGCUGGCAUAGAAGAGGAAAGAUGUGCUGAACUCCCUGUGAGGGCUCCCUCCGCUGGGGCUCAUACAGUUGAGGAUGGUGCCAGUGAGAAGGAUAAUCUCUUCUCAGGUGCCAAGUCGAAAUCUCCUGACGAAUAUGAACAUGGUUUAUCCCAGGAUGGCAUUGAUACAGUGCAACACUUCAGGGCUAGGAAACAAUACAACCGAGUCAAUGAUACAAGCCAUCCUGACUCGCAUUAUCUAGAUGAAUGGGCAUCAAUUCAAGCAGUUAGACAAGAAGGCCACCUAAAAGUAAUUGAGUAUCCUUCAGUGUGUGAUGCACACGGGAAAGAUAAGGGUGGUAUAACUUCGACACAGGCGUCGCCAAACAUGAAUCGUUCUUCUCGAAUAGAAGGAAUAUCGAGUACUGAUUUUGUCUGUACUCAAAUUGCGACAGGAGAUCCACAACAUAAAGACCAUCAAACUGCAAUCACAUUAGAAAUCGUGACGGCAACUGUGACGGACCCCGAAACUCAUUCAGGUUCAACACAUACAGAACAAUCCAAGCUACACGUGCACAAUAUGAAUGAUGGCAAUGCUGGCAUAGAGGAGGAAAGAUAUGAUGAACUCCAUGUGAGGGCUCUCUCCACUGGGGCUCAUGAAGCUAAGGUUGACGCCAAUCAGAAGCCUAAUCCUUUCUCUGGUGCCCAGUCGAAAUCUCCUGACAAAUCUGAACAUGGUUCAUCCCAGGAUGACAUUGUCAAAGUACAGAACUGCAUGACAAAGACAAAAUAUAACCAAACCGAUGAUACAAGCCGUCUCGUCUUCUUUGGACCUCAUAAAUGGCAAUACAACGGCUUUCGUACACCAUUCCUACAAACCCAACGCACUCAGAGCAAUUCUAUGACCAGUAGUCAGGUUUCAGAAGACACAGAGUCGAGAUUGCAUCUCUUAGCUAAAGAGAUCGGACAAACCAGAAAACCUCCGAAUCUCAUCAAUAAAAGAAAUGAUUGUGUCAGUCACGGAGCUUCGUCGGAGUUAAACAGAACCCUAAGAUCAGAACCUUUUCAAAUUGGUCAUCAAGUCAUCUACGACAAACAACACCUCUCCCACAUAGGUGCAACUUCUGGCAACACUGGAUGGAAAACCUUGUCUGAACACCAAAAGGCAUCGACAGAUCGGCCCCCUACAAUUCUGUUAUUCUUACAAACCUUCCUGCAGAUGAUUUUAGCUUUAGCCAUCCUUCUUGCAGGAUGUCCAGUUCACGUAGGAGCGGAUGGUAUAACCGAAGAGGUAACCCUGCUUGCAGGUAGUCGUGGUGUUGUCCCAUUCUAUUUCCCGAUGUCCGGUAAUGAUACUUUUUCGGGUCUUCCAUAUUACCUACUUCAGUUUGAAUCACAGCUUCGGCCAUUCUGCGUUAAUGGGAAAAUUGAUAUAGGGGGCUUUAAAAGCCCGACCCAAUCACAAAGAUUCAAAACCAAAAUAACAGAUUUAGACACAUCUCCCUCCGUCAACCUUAUUAUAGAUAACGUUGAGACAAUCGAUCAGGAUAGCUACCUAUUCACGACAAUCCUCCAUCAUAGUCAAGAAUACGUACAGUAUGAAACUGUGAAGAAGAAUUGUUUUGUUCAAAUACCACAUGGGCCUGCAAAAUGCUUCAUCACUACAAGUGAAAAUCAUGAAUUCACAUAUGAAGUGCACUGUCGGGCUUCUUCUGGUAGUACGGCGACGACAAUAGCAUGUUACCACAAUGGUCAGAAGUUGCACUCCGGGAACGGUAUUGAGGAUGAUGGUCAAGUUACCAGAGGAAUAUUUUUCAUUCCAUUUAAUAAUCGCUUCGCUUGCUGUUCACAUGAAGUUACGUCAUUUAUUAGUGCUGCAACAUGCAAUGACUUUGAGUGGCCACCUCGCAAGCCUAGGGCAGACAGUACAACGGGUAUUACCAGCAUUGCACCUAACUCUGUAAACAGCACAAGCGACAUGCCUGUUAGUAUUUCAACCAACCCCACGACCCAUAUUAAAUAUUGCGCAGAUUCUGGAGCUGGUAGAAAAUUCAUUCACAUUUUUCUGUGGUAUAUGCCAUGCCUGUUUAUAGGUGUCCUAAAUUUUGUAAAAUAAAGUAAGAAUCUUCUUUAAUUUAGAGGAAACAUAUGAUAAUGUAAAGGCUAGACAAUGAAAAAAAAUGUAUUUUUUUUAAUUGUUCUUGAAUUGUAUCUUUGUUGCAGAAAUAAAUUUCUUCCUCAUGAUUAUACUGCCAAUUAAAACUUCGAAAUACAUUAUAGAUGGAUAUUAGCUGAAACAUAUUGAAGGAGAUUGCAUUCUCGAUAUUUAGAAUUAAACAAGUAAUACCAUACCAGUGAUAUGAAUGUUUUGGUGAUCGCCUUGGUCUUCAUCAAUCGAUAGGUUUUGGACAUACAAAAGACAAAAAUGAUUAUUACAAAAAAAUAAAAAGAGUGGAACUCAGAAUCAACUAUUCGAAUAUUCCAUGUGAUCAUGAAAAAAAAUAUUUAGGAGUAUUAUAUUGAUGAUAAAAUUUCGUGGCAUGAACAGAUUGGAGUCGUCAUGGUCGUUGGCAAUCUAAAGGUGUGGGUACCAUAAUUUAUAUUAAAACAUCCGCAAUUUGGCUAGGCUUUAUUUUUUAGCAUAUCAAUUACUGCAAUAUCAUUUGAUCCAAUUCCUCCGGUUAUUAUAUCAAUUGGUUUUACAACAGCAGCAAAAAAGCCUUAUAAAGUCCAUACCCUGCAACUUUUUCACUACAUUUACUUACUUAAUUCUCAGAUAUAGAUAUUGCAGUAUCUAUCUUCCUUUUUUUCCAAAUCACUUAUUCCAAAUUCCAUAAUGUCUAGAUUUUGUCUUCAUUUUUUUAUUCUUUGACACAACGCCAACAGUUUGGUUAUUAUUUGCUACAUGUGUGAACCUCAGUCUCCUACAACUCAUAUCUUUAUUCCAAAACUUUUUUCCAAAAUCAUGUAC